CUGCAGCCUAGUCCCGGAAGUGUUGCUGUUUGUUGCGGGUGUGAUGGCUUCAAGGUUACUUCGCGGAGCUGGAGCGCUGGCGGCGCAGGCCCUGAGGGCCCGCGGUCCCAAUGCCUCGGCUGCGAUGCGCUCCAUGGCGUCUAGAGGUGGUAUUCCUACUGAUGAAGAGCAGGCGACUGGGCUGGAGAGGGAGAUCAUGAUGGCUGCACGGAAGGGACUGGACCCAUACAAUGUGCUACCCCCAAAGGCAGCUUCAGGCACUAAGGAAGACCCUAAUUUAGUCCCUUCUAUUACCGACAAGCGAAUAGUGGGCUGUAUCUGUGAAGAGGACAACAGUGCUGUCAUCUGGUUCUGGCUGCACAAAGGCGAGACCCAGCGAUGCCCUAAUUGUGGAACCCAUUACAAACUGGUGCCCCACCAGUUGGCACACUGAGCACCUGCACUAAUUUACUCAAAAUGUGCUGUAAAGUUUCUUCUUUCCAUUAAAGACUAGCCAUUGUUUGGCUCCUUCUCCCAUA